AUGGUGAAUUGUGAUGCCGGGACGCUUCCUCUUUCUCAUUUAGGCAUCCCGGUUGGGGUAAACAUGAAGAGAAUUAAAUUCUGGAAGCCGGUUAUUGAUAAGAUUACGGCAAAACUGUCUAGUUGGAAAGCCAGUCAAUUAUCUUUUGCGGGGCGUUUGACUUUAGCUAAAUCGGUCCUCGGAAGCCUUCCCUCAUACUACCUCUCCUUGUUUGCGGCUCCGAAAUCGAUUAUUGAAAGGAUUGAAAAAAUUAGAAGAAAUUUCGUUUGGGGUAUCUCGGCUUCGGGUCGGAAGAUGAGAUGGAUUCGAUGGGAGUUUCUGUUGAAAGCUAGGAAAAAGGGAGGCAUGGGGCUUGGUGGAAUAAAGUCGUUUAACUUGGCUAUGCUCACAAAGUGGUGGUGGAGAUUUCUGGUUAAUCCGGAGGAUCUAUGGGUCAAAGUGGUGGGCUCUAUUCACAAAGGCAACACUAAUCGCUCUCAGUCUCUAAUUCCGAUAAAGAAGUCCAUUCCUGGAAUUUGGAAGGAUAUCGGCUCAGCGGAUUCUAUGUGGCUCAAAGCUGGGCUUAAUUUAAAAGACAAGUUAAUUAAAUGUGGAGAGAGGUGGCUAUGGAGAUCGUCGAAAGAUGAAGUUUUUUCUGUCAAACAGGCCCGGAGAGACUUUGAAUCGGCUGCUGAGGUCUCGGCUGGGGACUCGGUUAAUUACAUGUGGGUUAGCUGGGCUCCUCCUAAAGUGAACUACUUGGUAUGGCGUGCUUUGCUUGGGAAGGUUGUUUCGAGAGAAGGGCUGGUCCGAAGGGGCGUUCCUAUUUCAGAUUCUUCUUGCCCAAGCAAUAUUAAGGAGCUCUUUCACUUUCUUCAUAAUAGGCCGGGCUCAAUUUUUUGGAAGAAGGCGAUGUUAAUGGUUGCCUUGGCUACAUGUUGGGGGAUAUGGAAAGCUCGUAAUGAAAAGACUUUUGAAGGAAUUUUUAUUCCGGUUAACAAAUCAGUUGAUCUUAUUAAGGAGGAUGCGUUUCUAUGGAUCCGUAAUCGGUCCAAGUUUAAGCAUUUGGAGUGGGUAAACUGGAGGAUGUUUGAUGUUUCCGUUCUGAUGUAA